UCAAAUUUUUAUUUUUUGUCUCCGCGUAAAAAGUAAAGAAAAAUUAAAGGAGAGAAAAUUGCGAAAAACUGCCCACAAAUUGUAGAGAAAAUAUUUAAUGUGAAUUGUUUUUUGCGUCUCAAGUAACGGGUGUUUGGGAAUUUGUCUGAGAAUCCCUCAGGGAAGGUUUUACACACGGCCAAACGUUCACAACAAAGAUGAGUUCAGAAGAUGCCACAGACGCUCCAGUUGAGCAUCAACCAAAUCCACGGGAACUUGAGAAGAUGGAAGAGGAGAAACUCAAGGCAAAAUACCCAAUGGCUGCAGCUGCCCAUCGUGGUCCAGGAGGGCAUUCUGCCUUUCUCCAGAAGAGACUCCAAAAGGGGCAAAAAUACUUUGAUUCGGGUGAUUAUCAAAUGGCAAAGCAAAAAGGUGGUGGCAUAAAGCAGGUGUUUGCCAAUAAAGUCCCAACGGGAGAAGCCAUUCCAACGCCCGAAACGGUGCCAGCACGAAAGACGUCGAUCAUUCAGCAAUGCAACAAAUUCCAGACGAGCUAAUUACCCCAAAAAAACCACACAUGAUACCCCUUAAAACGCUCCCUCUUCUUUUUCUUCUCUUCAUCUCUCCUCUCAAUGGAACUCUGUGUGUAUGUUGUAGCGCCCCCUUCUCAGCUAGGGGGUGUUUAACUUUUUCUUUUUGGCUCACGUGAGAAGGAGGCAAAAUUUGCAGGAGGAUGAAGUUCUUUUUUUUUAGAUGUUGUAAGAGCACGAUCUGAGGGAUAUAUACAUAGUUUUAGCCAUGUUGUAACCAUUGAGAAUGUCUUUCUGUAGAUACAUUACUAAACAAACAAAAAAUCUGUAAAAUGUCACAACUUCCCGAGGCAAACUCUUCCGGGAGGGACACUUAUGUUCCCCCGUGCUUUGGAAGCUCUGUGGCAAGAACAAAAUCUUGACAAAAAGAAAAUUAGAUUGUCCAAAAGAUUCAAAAAAUAAAGAGAAAAAGUCGUUUGAAGUUCUUUAAAAA